AUGGUCGAUUAUUUCCCUGUCUAUAAGAUUUGUUUGACUGGUGGUCCUUGCGCUGGUAAGACUACAGCCCUUACUACCUUAAAGGAAAAGUUAACUGAAAAGGGUCUUAAGGUAUUUGUUGUCCCUGAAGUUCCUACUUUAACCAUGGAAGGUGGUGGUAUGAUCAUUAUGGGUGGUUUAACUUCUGAAAAUGUUUGCAGAUUCUAAAGUUUGUUAAUGAAGGCCUAAAUCAAUUUAGAAGAUUACUUCAUUGAUCUCGCUAAGCUUAAUGGAAAGCCCGCUGUUGUUCUUAUGGAUAGAGGUGUCAUGGAUCCUAAGGGUUACAUGGAUGACAACACCUGGUAGGCAGUUUUAGACGAAAGUGGCUGGAACUCUGUUUAUUUAAGAGAUAAGAGAUACGAUGCAGUCAUUCACUUAGUUACUGCUGCUGAUGGUGCUGAAAAGUUCUACACCUUAGAAAACAACGUAGCUAGAUAUGAAGAUGGACCUACUGCUAUCAAGGUUGAUUAAGCCCUUCAAAAUGCUUGGAGAGGUCAUCCCCACCACAUCAUUAUUGAUAACUCUGCACCUUCAUUCGAUAAGAAGAUAGAAAAGGUCAUCAAUGCUGUCGAAAAGUUCGUUGGUAUCCCAGUCACCACCACUUUAUUUAGAAAGUUCUUAGUUGAAUCAUACUAAAUCCCUGCUGAUGUCAAGACUGAAAUUUUUGAAGUUGAAGAAGCCUUCUUAAAGACUGACUCUGAAAAGAAUGAAUUCGAAAAGAUCAGAAAGAGAGGUUAAAACAACGCUUUCUCUUACGUCCACACUGUUAGACAAAAAUCAAGCAACAAAGAAAUGAGAUGUGAAGUUAAGAAUAUUAUCACUGCUAGGGAAUACAUUAACCUCUUUGAAAAGAGAGAUACCACUUUAAAUAUUAUUAAGAAGACCAGAAUUGCUUUCAUUUAUGACAAGCUUUCUUACAUCUUAGAAACUUUCAAGGGCAACACUUUGCUCAGAUACGAAACUGUUUCUUCUGAAACUCAACCCAAGUUACCUCCUUUCAUCAAGAUCACUAAGGAAGUUACUGACGAUAAGUCUUUCACCACUCUCCACGCUGCUCAAGCUGAGUGA